CGGAAAAUUCGGGCUUGUUUUUUUUUUUUCUCCUCUUGAUUUUUUUCAUUUUCCUGCCCGUUGGCCGUUGAUGACGUUUCAAAGAGGGGCUACAUCCCGGAUUAAAUAAUUUGCGAUGGAGACGGGCGGGCGUGACGUCAUCGGCGGGCGACGACUGCAGGGGGAAAGUGGCCGGAAGCGCCUGAGGCUCGCGCGUGGUGGGUAGGUAGCGGCGGCCUCGUUGGUGCGAACGGGAGGCGGGUCUCAGUCAAUCUCCCAAUCUGCUACUAUGGAUUCUCUCUUUAAACCGGGUGUCCUCAGCGUCAUUGCAGGAGUCGCAUGUGGAGUAUGCGUGGGCUGGGGCAUGCGUGGGCGAUUCUUUAGACCAUCCAAAGCCAAAAUGCCUCUGUUAGCAAAUGAGCUGGGGAACGAAGCCAGUAUCAUGGGAGAGUCUGGAGAAUACAAGAUGGUGCUGAUAGUCCGUAAUGACUUAAAGAUGGGAAAGGGUAAAGUAGCAGCACAGUGUUCUCAUGCUGCAGUUUCUGCCUACAAGCAAGUUCAACGAAGAAAUCCUGAGCUGCUUAAACAGUGGGAGUAUUGUGGACAGCCAAAAGUGGUUCUCAAAGCCCCUAAUGAAGAGUCGCUAGUUCAACUCCUUGUUGAUGCUAAACAGCUGGGACUAACUGUGAGUAUAAUCCAAGAUGCAGGUCGUACUCAGAUAGCACCAGGCUCCCGGACUGUACUAGGUAUCGGACCAGGACCAGCUGAUAUAGUGGAUAAAGUUUCUGGCCAUCUCAAACUCUUCUGAGAUGGAGAACAAGCCUGAGUUUUAUUGGAGCAAUUGUAUACUUCAGCACCAAAGUAGUAACGGGGAUAAAAUCCAAGCUAUGUUUUCAUUUCUAUGGUUCUGCUUUAGUAAAAAUAAAAAGCAUGUCUAUCUUUUGUCCUUUU